AAGGUUGAACUGCAGCAGUCCACUCCAGCCAGCCAGUGGUUCUUGCCUUCAUGAAGCAGUGGACACAGAAGACGGCACGGGGAGGAACAGAGAGAAGAGGAUCAGCUUAAUCAGAAACGGGGAUUUUUUUCAAACACCAUGGCUGUUUCUCACUGGCUCGUCAGUUUUGUGCUCUUCCUGCUGCCCUUCGUAACGCGGGUUGCAGCACAGCAACAAGGGUGUUCUGUUGCCAAUGACAGACCAUCUGUUGAUGAAAAUAACCCUCCUGGCUACGUGGUGACCACUAUCCAUGUGGAAGCAGGCUUCACUGUAAUGAUUGAUCCUACUUCUCCCGAUGCUGUUUUUUUCACUAUACAGGGGUCUGAGCUGCAGCUGAGCCAAAGCGUGGACUAUGAGGAAGACACCUUGCUGCUGGUGUUCCUGACUUGUCAGAACGCUGCUGGGCAGAGCGAUUCUUUGGAAAUUAUUGUGACCAUUGUCGAUGUGAAUGAUAACAGCCCGGUGUUUAAGCAAACGAAUCUCACCGAAGUUGUUCCUGAAGAUACAAAAGUGAAUGCAACCAUUGUACCCCUUGAAGAUUUAAGUGCUAGCGAUGGUGACCUGGACACCAUCUUUUAUGAGCUCACAACAAUAGUGCCGGGCACAGAUGGUUAUUUUGCCAUAAAAGGAGUUAAUAACCCAGAAAUUUAUUUACAAAAAGCAUUGGACUAUGAGAAAUUUAACUUUACGACGUUGGUCUUGUAUGCAAGGGACAGGCCUGUGGGCAGCAGUGACACCACCAACACAGCUACUGCAACAAUAAAUAUAUUUAUUGAACAAACUGACACCAAACCACCCUGGUUCCUACCCUGUACCUUCAUGGACACGGACAAACGCAUUUGCAUCAGCAGCCCCUAUACCGGGAGAGUCAAUAUCUCCGAGAUGUCGACGGAACCACUCAAACUAGAGCCAGGGCCUAUCUACGCUAUUGAUCCUGACUACACUUUAAAUGAAAAGAUUGUGUACAGGAUUGUUGGUGGGGAUGCAGACAACGUAUUCUCAGUGAAUGCAGACACAGGGAACCUAACGAUGAACAAAGCAGCAACUGCCCCAGACUCGUACCUAUUGCAAGUCAUGGCCACACAGGUCAACAACAUACAGAAAUACUCCAUAGCCACUGUGGAGAUUAAGGUCAUCAAUAAAAGUGAGUAUCCACCAUACUUCGAGAGCAGGAUCUACUAUGGAACAGUGUCUGUUGGUCUGGCCCCAAGAAGCUUUGUCUUCCAAGCUGGUGAUCCUUCAAGCCCCCUGGUGAUAACAGCAAUGGAUGAAGACUUCCCAGAUAAAAUCAACCCAAACAUAGAGUACUACAUAAAAAACAGCACAGAUUUCUUCGCAACCAAAGAUGGGUUCAUCCUGACAAACGUGAUGCUACAGUCACCAGGAACUGUAACCAUCGAGGCUGUUGGAAAAGAUACGGUGAGCCUGCAGGAGGGAAGCACUGUAAUCGUGGUGGAGGUCAUCCUUGCCACAGCUGUAACCGUCUCUGACAAGAGGUACACUGCUGGGGAUAUGGCCAUCUUAGGUGGUGUAUUAGCAGCGCUGCUAUUAAUUGCCUUUGUCUUCCUUGGAUUAAUGAUAUUUAAAUGGUAUGGAAAACCAGUCAGAUACCUGAUAAGUAAAAAGUUCUCUAAGGAAAUCUCUGAGGACUACCAGAACCAAUCUUACCAGCAAGAAGAACCCCCAUAUGUGAACAUCAAACAGCAUGAGAUGUCAGAAGACAGCAGUGUCCAGUCGAUGGUACAUGUGCUAGAGCAACCAGUGCUUUCUUUGCCCUCUUCCCACGUAGAAGAAAUCGAUAGCCUGCCAAAGGCUUCUACAGCUUCCACCAUCAUCUUUGACCAGGAAGAGAAAGGGGAAGAAGUGGAAGAAGAACCUGAGGAUGAGAAAGAAGUGAAGUCCAUCCUCAGGACUGACAGGCGUGUGGCAGAUGAUGGCUACAAAGCUGUGUGGUUUAAGACUGAUGUGGAUCCAGAUGCUGGAGAGAGGGUUGAAGUGAUUGAGGAAAAUGCAGCAGAUGGUGGUGAUGACAGUGACCAAGACCUGGAGAAAAAUGAGAAAGAGGAAGAUGAUGAUUAUGACAAUGACAGUCACCCCAGAGGGCUGGGAGUGUCCUUUGCGCCAGAGAGCUCAUCCCUCCCAGUUGCAGAAGGGGUAGGCAACAGGUCUCACACAGAUGCAAUGGCAGAAGAUGACAAUAACUUGUGAUGGAAUCAGGUCUGUACUCCCUGCCCCAAAAAUGGGAUGAUCUCAGCUGCUUUGCUGACAUGAAAUCCAUCUUUCUGCCCGGGAAGGAAACUGGAAUACAGGAGGAUGAGGUUGCCUGUUCUGCUUGUCUGAACACAGCAAUUAAAGCUGGAAGAGGUUACAGCUAAUUCAACCUUUUAGCAAGACCCUGAAAUAUCACUUAAGAUUUUGGGUAGGGAGAACACGUCCCAUGUUACCACCUUCCUGCCUGUUCUCCUGGGGCCCUUUACAUCACAUUUCGCAAACUGGCUGCAAGGUACAGCAGAGAUGUAGCUGAACUGACUUUGAAGGAGUUAGCCCAGCUCAUGGUAGCAAUUUAGUUACACAGCCCAGUGUUCAUCUCUGGUUGGUGGAUAAAUAAGCCAGCACUGACUUGUUGGCUGUUCCCUUUAGGGUGUUAAGAGUUUGACAGCAGCUGCAGGGUGUAAGCCAGCACGAGUCACCCUGACCCUGCAGUUGCUCAUGUGGCUGUAUGCAGGAGCUCACUCCAGGGCUCUGCUCUCUGCUGUGCUGGACUCUGCGCUCCCAGCACAAGCAGCUGGCAUGUGCCACCACGGUCCUGUCCUGCCAGCAGCCAGGAGUUCACAUGCUCAGGAACUGCUGCUUCCUGUGUCACUGGUAAGCAAUGACUCAUCCCAUCUUCUUUACUGAAGGACCUUGUCAUCAAUUUUUCUGUGUCAUAAACCCACUAAUUUUGCACUGCAGGAUUGCAACAAGAGAAGUCUCACGGUAGAGAAGCAAAACCAAUAAAUAAUCCUGCCUUUUCCCUGCAAACCAAUCUCCACAUUGCUGACAUUAAUCCACAUAAACCCUUGAGAGAGAGAAACUAAAGUAUGGCUGCUUGGAUCUGCAUGUACAGCAAAGCACAAAGGAUUUCCAAGGAGGCUUUUAUCCUCUUGGUCCAUAUUUUAUUUCUGUACAUCUCUCUGACCCAGUGCUGCUAGUGCUCGGUUCUGCUCUCCUUUCUCUGAGGAGUGCUGCCCUUGCCCUGCGGACUUCAGGAACUGCACUUUUGCUGAAGGCGGAGCAGCUUUCCUCCUCACUGCAAUAAAGUUAUUUGCCUGGAAAUUGCAAGUGCACUUAGCUGGAUUAUGGAGGGUGGGGAGUGUGCCGUGUGUUUGCCAUGUAAGCACAGCUCCUCCAGUAGCUUAGGGUUAUCUCCAGCAAUCAUUUCCCAUGCGACUGAGAGAACUCUCCAGCAAUUGCUAAUUGCUAAUCCAGCACCUUUAGUCACCAGCAAGGCUAGAGCCCAGCCUGCCCUCCACACUCAGAAGAGGGUUGGUGAUGGGUGGGCGAAGCUGGAAUGUUUCUAGUCUGAUCCCUUCCAGCCAUUUGCUUUUUUCACUUCUGGCUAAAGAUCCAAAAAUGUGCCACCGGCUUGCUGCUCCAUUUCCCUCAUUGUUGUGCCGUGUGGGAUCUCUGCCUGUCUGCUGGCACACUGUUGUCCGUCUUCCCUCUGCUGCUGGGUUGUUUGGGCUUUAGGGCACAUGUGUUGGCACACUGAUUUAUGGACUUCCUCAAUUUGCAAUCUGUACUCAUCUGUUGGUGCUUCAUCAUCAUCUUAUUGGUGUGGUUCUCACUCUUUUAGCCUUUUGUGUUGGCAUGCUCUUAAUAUUUGAGCCCAGGCACCCUCAAUCUGCAAUUCGUGAGCUGCUGGUGCUCUGGCUUCCCUGGGCUGGCGUGCGAUUGAAAUCCCGUCCCUGUGCUGCUCACCUGUUGGCCGUUCCUUCCUCUGCAGCGCCAGCUGCUCGGUCUGCUCCCCCACGAGCUUUCACCUUUUCCUUCUUUUAUCCUGCAGUAUUUGUACUGGAAAUAUCCAGAAGUUUGUGCUUGUUAAGACAAAAGUUAAACCGCAGCACUCAGAAGGGAAGAAGUGUGUUCAAAUAGUGCCAUCCCAUGGACAGCAAAGGUAGCUUUUAUUCUACACAGCUUGCAUGAGAAAGCAGAAGUGAAGGCUGUAAAGCCAAAUUGAAACCAGCACAUGCAAGCAGGCAAAUUUGAAAGGCAAGUAAAAUACAGACGUUUUACCUUCGGGAAGUAACAGAAACAAAAAAAUUCCCAAGUGUCUGAAAAUCCAUUUCUGUUCGCCCAAAUCCUGACCCCAUCUAGGACUCCAUAGCCUCCCAGAUUUCAUUAGGUCUUCAUUGGCGUAGCUGACAGCAAGCGCAUCCUUUUGCCUUUUGUGUCUCCAUGAGAAAAAUGACUUUGGUAUAUGGCUAAUUAGUGUGCAGAGGACACUUCUGGGUUUCGUUUUGAAGGGAUGGAAGAUAAAGUGGAGACCUAUCCUCUUUGUGUGUAGGACAGCAGAACUACCUAGCAUUUACCUGAAUCAACAGUGAACCUCAUCAGUCACGUGAUCCAGAGAAAAUUAUUCAAAAAACAACUUCCAAAUGACAGUCAAGUGUAGAAGACCUGGUUUAACCUGAUUUGCUGUGGAUAUACAGUGUCUUUAGCACCAAAAGGAAUACUUUCUUCGUUGAAAAAAAUAGUUCAAAUUUUACAUGAUAAAAUCAGUCGCACACUCACUGACCUGCAUUCAAGAUUUCACAGGAUUUCCUUCACUACCAUCUGACUAGAUAAAAACAUUGUGUUCUAAGACUUGUGUGUAUAUACGACUGAAAAAGAAAACGUUGAUUCAACUCAAACUCAGAGAACUGUCCAAGACAGAAACUGUUGUAGAAUGUCAGGAUUUUAAUAAAACUUAAGCCUUUGUUACUAGGUU